AUGUCAGUCGUCGAGACAACAGCUGUCUUCCAGCCAGAUCUUUUCAAGGGCAAGGUUGCGUUCGUGACCGGUGGGGGAAGCGGAAUAUGCAAGGGAUUGACAGAAGCGCUCCUGAGACAUGGAGCAAAGGCUGCUAUUUUCAGCCGAACACUUAAGAAAUUGGAGACCACGGCGGCGGAGCUAUCCAAGACGACUGGAAGCGAGUGUAUUGCGUUAGCCGGUGACGUCCGCAACAUUUCCGAUGUUGAGAAUGGCCUCAAAAAGGCUCACGAGCACUUUGGUCGUAUCGAUAUUGUCAUAUGCGGCGCUGCUGGAAAUUUUUUGAGUACAGCGGAAAACAUCAGCGCUAACGGAUUCAAGACUGUAAUUGAUAUCGACUUGAUUGGCACCUUCAACGCGUCCAAAGCUGCGUUACCAUAUUUGAAGGAGACACGCGGGUCUUUGCUAAAUGUCAGCGCAACAUUUCAUUAUACGGGCAUGCCCCUGCAGGGGCAUUGCGCGGCUGCGAAAGCUGGUAUCGACGCGCUGACGAAAAACCUUGCAGUCGAAUGGGGGCACUAUGGCAUCAGAGUGAAUGCCGUAGCUCCGGGGCCCGUCGAGGAAACGGCUGGCUUCGAUAAGCUUAGUUACGACAAGUCCAAGAACCAAGAUAUGAUCCAGCUCAUCCCUUUGCAAAGCGCAGGUCGCAUUAAAGACAUUGAACACGCCGCGUUAUUCCUAUGUUCCCCUGCUGCGCGAUGGGUAACAGGAGCAAUUCUGGUAGUCGAUGGCGGGCACUGGCUAACAAACACAGGGCUUGCGCCGCCUGCUGUCUGGAGGGGAUCAAAGCUUUGA